AUGUACCCUAAGAUGUUGUUCUACUUAUUCAUUCAGAUUCUUCUUUGCGAUGCUAAACUAAGAUUUGUGCAGAUUUGGUUUCGACAUGGUGAGCGUUUACCAACUCAUUUUCUCAAAUUUCCUGAGGAAGAUCCAAAUGAUUUGGAAUUUUUGAAUAUUGGAUACCCUGGAGAGCUUACCAACAAUGGCAUUUUACAAGAAUUUCAACUUGGAGAAAAGCUGAAAAAAAUUUACGGAUCUCAUUUUGGACAAGUAUACCGACCAACAGAGUUCCAUGUUUUCACCGGAAAAGAUAAUAGAACAUCGACGUCAGCUCAAGCAUUCUUUGCUGGAUUUAUGCCACCAACGAAAAACCAAACGUGGAAUCCAGCUCUUAAUUGGAUGCCAAUUGCUCAAGAAACUGAUCCAUCAAUUGAUUGGGUUUCUACUGGCGUUUUUGACGACUGUGUCGAUACAAUUAAAAACUCUGUAGAGUAUUUGGAUGUCAUGAUAAAUGUAACCAAUGCUGAUCCUGAAUUAUUAGAGCUUAUCAAGAAUAAUACUGGUCGAGAUUUUAACGCUGUGCUCGAAUAUAACCACGCAAUUGACUCAUUAAAAUCAAGGGCGUUGUUAAAUGACAAGCGCCUUCCAGUGCCAUGUUGGGCCCGUGGAUUUGAAAGCCGAAUAUUCAAUAUCAGCUACGUCAUUCACAACUCAGUUGUUGGCGUUCAAAACACAACGGUUGGAUCGUACCAUGUCGAGCUGGUAAUGUCAUUCUUUGAGAAUUAUUUCUUGCGCAAUACGACUAAGGGAAUUUUUGUGAGCGGGCAUGACACCAAUAUUUUGAAUUUGUGGAAAGCUUUCCAAUUAGACGGGCAUCCCGAGGAUAUACCUCAUUACGGUUCGCAUAUGGCAAUUGAGCUACAUGAGAUUGAAGGUCGCUUUUUUGUCAAGUUCUUCCUGUCGAUGGGCUAUGAAACGCAGCAGGCCGAGCUAAUCCCCGUCAAUUGUUUUGGCAAAACGUGCACCUGGGAGCAAUUGAAAAACAUUACAAUGAACUGGAGAAAACCGAGGGAAGAUUGGUGGUUUGAGUGCAAAGGAAUCGGCAAAAUGAGCUCUCAAGAAUCAACAGUGACGGGCACAAUGUUUGUGAUUCUUGCGAUACUACUUUUGGCAACAAUUAUUCUCGGAUUCACCUCAUUCUCGUACAAGCGCCAAUUGAAUAAUAUGAGAGACCCAGAAAGGGCGAGACUUCUACAGUAA